AUGUCAAACGCUAACGGAUUUGGAGAUUACGACCACCAAGUGGACUAUGUCUUUAAGAUCGUGCUUAUUGGAGACUCCGCUGUAGGAAAGUCUCAACUUUUGGCUAGAUUUGCUCGGAAUGAAUUUUCGCUGGAGUCUAAGGCGACCAUCGGAGUGGAGUUUCAAACAAAAACGAUAGUCGUCGACAAGAAGGUCAUCAAGGCCCAAAUUUGGGAUACAGCUGGUCAAGAAAGGUAUCGCGCUGUUACCAGCUCAUACUACCGCGGAGCAGUGGGUGCUCUCCUGGUGUACGACAUCAGCAAGCGCAUCACUUUUGAACACUGUGGUCGAUGGCUGGACGAGCUCCGUGCCCACUCUGACUCCAAUAUCUUUGUUAUGCUUGUGGGAAACAAGGCUGAUCUGGAGGACCAGCGUCAGGUGACCACUGCUGAGGCAAAAGAGUUUUCGGAAGCUAACCGUGUGGCGUUCAUUGAAACAUCUGCUCUUGAAGCCCUCAAUGUGGAGGAGGCUUUCACCCAGGUAUUGACGGAGAUUUAUCGGAUCGUCAGCCGCAAAGCUUUGGACACAGAGGCAAGCUCGAGCAACACGGUGGGUCCAGGCACCAAGAUUGUCCUUCCUUCAGGCGGUGAACCUGCCAAGCCAGUUCCUGCCAAGUCUUCAUGCUGCAGCACCUAG